CUAGGCUGAACACUACCAUCGUCACCGGCGCAACCGCAAGGCAGGAACCCAAACCAGAAAACACACGAACCAUUAGCUUCCCCGUUUCUCAACCCUGAAUGACAACAUUUGAUCAUACUAUUUACAGAACGGUACUAGCUCCGACAUCGCACUUUGAUCUACACUCGUAUUCCGCAACACCUUGUUGAUUCUCAGCUUCUCUUCGCUUCAGCUUCCCGAAUCCAGCGGCAUCGUCCGGUCGUCCAGAGGCAUCGAUCCGUCAUCCUUUAUCGAUCUUCCACCUGCGCAACCCUCGAUUUUCGAUACAGAAUAACCUCAGAAGACGCCGCACCUCACAACGCAAAUAACCCCACUCGAUCCCUCUCCCGACCGCACACGCACAUCUACCCACGCACGUCUACAAGUACCGGCACGCUACGCUACGAAUCCCAUUUCGACGGGGGACAGCAACAUAGUCCGCGCUCUCGCCAAUUGCAUGCUUCGCGGCUCUAGGUAGCCUCGCUCAAUGGUGGCUACCUUAGGUCACCGCCCACGCCAUACACACCAAGGCCCCGAGGAGUUGCGAAGCGCAUCGAAUGAAUGCAACCUCUAAACCCAUUCCUCAGUGCUUUUGCCAAGAGCCCUUAUCUCGCCCAGUGCUCGCCCCCUCAGCAGCACAUCCUCCUUGUCCCGACCACCGAUGUCAUUCUUGACUCCCGCGACACCGAGACGGGCGCGCCCUUGUCAGCUUCCGUAGCCUCCGAUGAGUUCAUCGGGAGCCAUGUGCUGCGCAUCCUUCCACCCAAGGGGGGCCCUGGCGCGGGAGCCAAGGAACCUACGCAGAAUCUCCGAGAGAUGAAGGGCAAACCCAAGCUAUACAGCACCAUCAAUGGCAGGACCAUUGUCAUCAAGGACAACUAUGUCUACAGCAACAAGGGAUUCAGGGCCUUGGCCCAAGCCAACCUUCUCCACGACGCCCUUUGGUACCCCGAUACUCUCGAGCUUAAGCAGUUCCUGGUCUAUUUCAUAUCACGCCCGCUGGUCGGAUCUUGGGAGGAAGUCAACAUCCCUCCGGCCCUCCUGCCGCCCGAACCAACCACCCGACCCAAACCUAUUGCAGCUGCGUCGGACGCACCGAAAAAGAAGGACAUUAGGAGCUUCCACGAACUCCUCAACCAUUUUCCCGCCAUUGCAAGGCAGAUGCAAAAUGGUCUCGAGAAGCUGUUCCGCGAGUUCACCCUUGUAGUCGAACGACCACUACCGCCACCUCCCUCUGCGAGCGUCAUCCCGGACCCAGAACCCAUCAAUGGCCCCAUUACACAUGCAGUUCGAAGUGUACGAUCGAACAGUACAGGAAGUAUCAGCUUCACAAGGAACACGCAUGGCGACCACUUGACCGAGAGCAUAUACAGCCAGGAUGAUGAGGACAUUAUGAGGGUGGCUCUGGAGACCGCUGUAACGUCAGCCAUUGACCUCUUCCAAAAUGUCGAUAAGCAACAAUUGUCUUUGUUGGGCGCAACUACCGACUUGACGGGACCAGUUGUCGAACGUAUGAUUGAACGUUAUGUGACGGAAAACGUACACUACAUGUUGUUCCCCCGCUUGACGACACUUCGACGGCCGGAUGAUCUCGAGCUAGAGGCCAAGAUACGGCAGAUGGAUAAUAUCGAUAUUUCUCAGCUAGGAAUCGCUAUGGACGGUGGGUCGCGAGCAAAGCGUGAUCUCAUCUCUCGACUGGGGCGCGCGGUGGACGAGUUCCGCAAAAUGACAAACGCCAGCUGUCCCCAGGAGAUGAUGGAAAUUCUUCUUUCUACUGCCAAGGCUGCAACGCAGCUCGCUUUACCUGAGCCUCCGCACACUCCGGGGCCAGCUUCAGAAAAGCCCAUUUUGACCAUCAACGCUGAUACCCUUGUAUCUCUGCUGCUGUAUGUUGUCAUCAAAGCUCAGAUUAAGCACCUCCAAGCGCGACUAAGCUAUGUUCGACACUUCAUCUUCAUCGAUGAUGUUGAUAGCGGCGAGAUCGGCUAUGCGCUUAGCACAUUCGAGGCUGUUUUGGCGUAUCUUGACCGGGACUCCGGCGGGUUACGGAGAGCCAGUCGUCGGAACAGAGCCCUUUGGGACGCGGUGUCAAAGGGCGACAUAGUGGAGCUGAAGAAAAUCAUGGAACCAGAAACGUAUUCCAGCGACGAUGCCUAUUAUGCAGUCGAAUCCCGGCCUUCCUCACGCAGGGCAUCGGGAAAUGACUGGAACUUCGCGAAUGGGGGUUCGAGUCUGUCUUCAACAGCCUUUUCCGUAUCGGAGCGGUUCUCUGAAGGUUCUGGUCUCAGUCACGUAUUUCCGUUCCAGGAUGGAGCAUCCGAUGACAUCGACAUUGAUCCUUACGAAGCUGAACCACUGCCUCUGCCAAAGAAAGUCAAAAGGGUAUCAAUGGACACUCGAAGUAUGUCACUGUCGAGCAGCUCGGAGAUCUCAUUUAGGUCUAGGACAGCUAGCAUCACCACGACAUGGACAGGUGGAGUUGAAGGCGACACUAGUAUUGAACGCCUCGCCCAGACCACCGAUGCACUUGGGGAGUCAGUACCGAUGAUGGCCAUCCAAAACGGCCGUAUCGAGGUCUUGGAGUAUCUGCUGUCACUGAGCCAGUAUUUCCCUGCCCAUGUCUUGUUGGAAGACCAAAAUAACGCGGGCACGACAUUGAUGAGCGCUGCAGUUCAGUUGGGUGAAGCCAAAGUCAUCAACAUGCUAUUGAACUUAUUCCUCGAAACAACGCCGCGCGAUCAGCUUAGAGAUUAUCUCGCCAGACAAGAUACAUGGGGUCGUAGUGCUGCGCAUUACCUCUUCCACGCUCCUUUCCUAAUAAAACUUAUAGGCGAGAUGCUACCUUGGCGGCAGAAGGACAAAAACGGACAAACGCCAUUAUUCGCGUUAUGUCGGUCGUAUGAUCAUGCCAACUACUCCGUCAUGGUAGAGGAGGGCCUUGACUUUGCCACGAGAACUCAGGGCGAUGGACAACCUCUGCACCUGGAUGAACAUGUCGAUGGCAAGGGCAAUACCCUUCUGCAUAUCAUCAACGACCCGAAGCUUGCGUUACAAAUCUUGCAACAUUGCGAUGUUGAUGUCAAUGCAACCAACGAAAAGAGGUUUACCCCUCUGAUGCUGGCCAGCAAGUAUGGGCGUUUCGAUAUGGUGCGAGUGCUCUUCGGAGAUCCUCGCGUCGAUGUUGCGGCCAGGGAGCUUCGAGGGUUGACAGCCGUAGAGUUGGCCAAGGACGACGAGGUCCGCAACAAGAUCGACGAUCUCACCCUGUUUUCACUCAUACCAGGCUCCGACUCACGCACGACGGGUGUGGUACGAUCCUAUUUCGUUGAGGAUACCUCUAUCCGUUUUGUGCUGAAGUCGGGGGCACCGGUCGACCGGUAUAGUUAUGCCGUAACGACGUGUCGUCGAUCUCUGACGGACUUUGAGCACCUUGUUAAGUUGCUGGAGAUCGAGAACCCUUCCUCAUGGAUACCGUCUCUGGCGGAUGUGCGGUCGCCGACACAGAUUCUUUCCAGGCCAAGUCGAGCGGUGCUCAAGGAUCUCCAAAUUCGUAUGGAUUGGUUCUUGCGGGUACUUUUGGCGCAUCCCACGUUUGCUACUCAUGAGAUGCUUUGGGAGUUCUUCCUGGUGCCUGAUUUGCAGCUUGACAUGAUGGCUGAACGGAGUAGGCUCAAAGCGGAAGCGCUAACGGAGAAAAUCCAUGACGAGAUGGAGCCUGUCAUAGACCUUAGGGAGGUUGAGCAGUUUGUGGAUCAUGCUCGUGAUAUUGUCAGGAGCGUGCACUUUUCUACCAGGAGUGUAGCCCGGAGGGCGAACGUAGUCGGGAACGUUGCCAUGGACCUCUACGAUGCCUCCCAACUCCUUCACCGCGUCCUCACCACCUUCCCUUUCCUCCCACCCUCCCACCUAACCGCUCUGGAACUCUACGUCCGCGCCCUCGCUCCACCCCAAAACUCGCCAACAAACCUCUUCUUCAACGCCUUCUUAACUCUUUACUCCAAUGUUGAAGCUAUCCUCCGCGCCCUCGCCAAGCCGCCGCGAACCAUUGCGAAGAUUGUGUCCAUUCGCCGCGAGGCCGAGCGUAACUACAACUCGCUCAACCGCUCGUCGCGUUGGCCGCUCGGUCUUUUGGAUGAGACGAGGCAGCGGAUAAACGAGGAACGAGAGGAGAAGGUCAAGAAUGCGGAGCGCGAGGCGGAGAUGCUGGGAAAAGAACUAAGGUAUGCCCAGCAGACGGUAGCGGGCGAACUGGCGGGGUGGAGGGAUAUGCAUGAAAAGAUGGGACGGAGAGCGAUUAGGGAGUUGGCGAGGGGGAUGUUGAUCUUGGAGAGAGGACGAAUGGAGGGGUUGAAGAGGGCUUUGAGGAAGGUCAAGGCGGUUGAGGCGGGAGGGCUGACGGGUUUGCGGGAUAGUGCUGUUGACAGGAAUUCAGUUGGGGUUGGUGGAAGUAGUAGUGGUGGCUACAGGGGAAAUGGGAAUGGGAAUGGGAAUGGGAGGGGUGUACCCGGCAAAGGCGUCGUCGGUGUGGGAAAAGCCCCAGCGACGAUAGCCGCCAGUACGGUGGUUGCGACGGGGAGGAUUGAUGAUAACUUGUUAUAGUCCCCGUUAACGAAUGGUGGGACGGCGGCAGGUGGAGCGGUGUAAGUUCCAGGGACUGAAAGUACAAACGGCGUUGGAUGGCCUUUUUUAAGAGGCUGGUUUGCUAUCGGUUUGUGGAACAUAUAAUGUACAACAUGGCAAUAUGGGCAAUGGUUUGGUGAAAUACCUGGCGGCGUUGUCUGGCCGUUGGAGAUUUCACUUCAAAGAUUUGUCCGCCUGCAGUGGUGAGACAGCGUUGAGUGGUUUACAGGAUACAGGACAGGCGUUAGAGCUGGGAACGUGCGGUUGAACUUUCAAUGUCAUACUCUUUCUCUGGGCAGAAGUUACCUCGCCGCCCCUUUGGGCCUCGACACAAUCGACAACAAAGUCAGCAUGUGGUGUCUCGUCCCUAUCAAUCACGAAGCCCGCAAAUAAAUUUGGGAAAAGGGAAAAAAAAACAAGAAACAAAAAAGAUUUACCGAAAAAAUACAAUUAGUAAACCUCG